AUGAAAGUCCAAAGUAUCAUUGACAUGUUUGAAAACAUGACUACUUCGACAAGUGUAAACUUGACAAACCCCUCGGUCAAGCCUUUGGAACGUGGCAAUGUUCAUGGGCUAGUGACGUAUUACGACGGACUGGCAAAAGCUGAGGAAGUUGUAGUGAGUAACUCGACUGUUUGUCGAGUCCGGAACGAGUCUGUCGUGAGUCAGUGUGAGCUACAACUAAAGGAGGUGAAACAGGAGCAGAAGAAGGAAGAAAAGCAGCAGGAAAAUAGCCAGCAGAGUAUUCACGAGUCAAGGAAAGCAUUAGCAGUCACGAGACCUCCUUCCUCGAUCGUUUUGAACCUUGUGAGCAAGAUUCCGCAGCCAAAAUCACGUGAGUUUCAUCUGGCUGCUUGCUCAAAGAGGAAGAAUGUGUCCAAAGACGCCUCAAGCUCUCGCACGUGUUCUGAUGCAAUGCUGCAAUCAUUCUCUGUCGCUCCACCGACCCCUGUUUCUGUCCGAGCACGUGCUCCUGUUGCAAGCUACGCUGCUUUUGUAGCUAGGAUUGAACACUCACAGUCUCGCCUCUUUGAUUUUGAAAAGGAUGAACGAUGGUUGGAAAAGAUGGAGACGAUGAAAGGCCGAGUGGAGACACUCAAGAGGAGGAAUCACAUUGCAUUAGCAAAAGAAGUGGCUAGUAUUCCACGAAAACGAAGGAGUUUGAGUGAAUGCAGUGGUGAAUCAACAGCUUCCACUGCAUCAAUGUCAUCGAUGGAUAUGCUUGAGGUAAUGUAUCAGUAA